UACAGCGAAGUGCUCAGUGUGUAUAACAUUGUGACAGUGUCUACUGACAGUCCAGGAUGAUGAACAAGCAUAUGUGAUAUUCUUAUACUACAGGUCGAAGUGCAGUAUGGGAGAUUAGAGACAGAAAAAAAAAGUAUGGAUAACACCUAAUCCAAGGCGAAGAUAAAGUCGUGUUUUGUAUAAACACGUUUUGCGUUUUGUUUAUCUGUUUGUUCUCUGUACCUACAGAUAAGCAAUGAGUUCUAUCAUAGAGAGCCCGGGGAUCCCGCUAGUAGGGGUCGGGAUGAACGGACGACACUACCAAAAAUACAAAACUCUUGGCGAAUCGACGGACAGCCAGGGUGGAAUGAGUCGUAAGAAGUGGGAAACUGUUGGCAUUCGACUGGCGCGACGAAAACAAUUGUUCGCCAGUCGGCGGAGGGCGUCUGACGUAUCCCUCGCUUUUGCGAUCAUAGGAAUUCUUAUAAUGGUCAUGGAAAACGAACUUACUGCAGCCAAUAUCAUAAACAGGUCCGAUAUGAUGUCGUACUUCGUCAAAAUGUUGAUAACGGCCUCCACCGUUACCUUACUCAUAUUUCUUGGAAUUUUUCAUUGUUUAGAUAUUCAGUUAUUUGUUGUUAAUAAUAGUUGUGAUGACUGGAAGAUAGCGAUGAAUUCUCGUCGUGUCAUUCAGAUUAUCGUCGAAGUCAUCGUCUGUAUUGUUCAUCCCAUUCCUGGAAACUUUGAUGUCACCUGGCCUGCAACGGUGGCGGAGGGUCAAUUCCCGCGAGAGUUCACGGUGCCCCUUGACGUCAUCCUCUCUCUCCCGAUGUUUCUGCGCUUGUACAUUGUAUGUCGCACCAUAAUGCUUCACAGCAAGCUCUACCAGGAUGCAUCAUCUCAAAGUUUAGGAGCUUUAAAUCGUAUCCAUUUCAACUUCCGGUUUAUAUUCAAAUCUCUAAUGGCGAUCCACUCGGACUAUGUCCUAUUGGUGAUGAUGAUGGCUUUACUGUUGGUUGCUAGCUGGACUCUUAGACUAUGUGAAAUGCAUGACCCAGAGAAACCAUCACAUGCCGAUUUUCUCAACUCAAUGUGGCUAGUUGCCAUAACAUUUCUAUCGGUCGGAUACGGGGACAUAGUUCCAAGUACGUACUGUGGUCGACUCAUCGCUGUGAUGACGGGGAUAAUGGGAGCGGGUUUUACGGCGCUCGUCGUAGCCGUCUUAGCCCGGAAGUUAGAACUCUCUAGAGCUGAAAAGUGCGUUCACGAUUUUGUAAUUGAUGUUGAUUUGGAUAAGCGCCUGAAGCACGAGGCAGCUAAUGUUCUCAAAGCCGGCUGGUUUAUAUAUAAGUUAAAAAAACAAAACCAGAAACACCCAUUGUCUCUUAUUUACCAAAGAAAGCUUCUCGGAGCAAUAUACGCGAUUCGAGAAAUCAAAGCAGCGCAACGACGACUAAUGGAUGCCUCUUUGACGCUUGUGGAAUUGAACAAAGCACAGAUAGAAACGUCACACUCUGUAGAUAUUAUCAAGCAAAAACAAAUAUCACUUGACGAAAAAGUGGACAAUCUAGAAACCAAGAUCAUCGCGAUACACGAUAAACUUAACGUCAUUCACAAAGCUGUUAAGCAUGGCGGCCGUGACGCCAGCUAGUCACACGUGGGAUUUAUUCCUUGAGAUGAUUCCGAUAGCUAAGUCUCCCUCGGGGGAGAUAUUUUCCGCUAAUCUGAGCGUGUUUCUAAAGAAGCAAGUGUUGUUGUUCUAUAAUAAACCAUUAGUACUAUAAGCGACAAGUUCCAUUUGUCGGUACAUCACACGAUGAUGUGGGCGUGCUUUUUAACACUGCUGUCGGACCUUUUUUUAUUGCACUUGAUGUUUAAGAGAGAAUAUCAUAUUAGUGAAUUACUUAUAAAGGGAUACUUUUAUGCUCCACAGACAACGUAUCUAUUUGAUUGUGUUUUAUUAUUAUCAUCAAAGGCCUAAGCUCAACUUUGUAUUACCUCGACGGAUCUAUUGAAGUGUGUUAACAUAUUGACCUGAACUGUGAUCAUUGUGUUCUCAUAAAUGGCUGAAAAAGUGAUUAUUGUGUCGUGUCUAGUGGAUAAAUGGAAAUUAUGUAUGAAUGUAUCAAUAACUAGUAAUCUCAUCAGUUGGCCUACGGGAUUAUAAACUGUCUGCCGAAUGAAAGGCGAUAUAAUUCAAAAUGGUGAUAUUUAUACAACCUUCGUAAUGAUAGAAUUCCCCCCAAGCUGUGGGAUAGAUGGUUGUUUCUGUAGACAUAUAUGUUUUAAGCGAUGAUCUUAUUUUAGCACAUUUGGCAAUAAGAGCAUUUCGCUUAAGCAUAAGUAUCCUUAAUUCACUUUCCUUACAUUACGUUUUAUGGUAAAUACGGGUGUCGCGGACGCGUCAAUUCACCAUUGCUCUAUUCUGUUUAAAUUUGAUUCAGCGCUAAAAUUGGAUUGCGCCAAAAUGAGUCGUUUAUAGUAUACGAUCGAUAAUAACUAUCGGGACUGUGAUCCUAGAUUCUUUGAAGGGGCUUUUAUCUGUAUAAAGGGAUUGUUGUCCUAAAUUCUCUAACGGCCGUGGGUUUUUUUUCUAAUCUCUCUUAUGCAAAAUUGUUGUCAAAAGAUUUCUGAUGCAAAUUUCAUUCUAAACUAAUUAAUGGAUUUUUAUUUCAAAAUCUGAUAUUGUUUUCUAUGAUUUAACUAGCUAAUAUGAUGCUUUUUUUCUAAAUAUAUGAUAAGAUUUUAUUUUUCAAAGAUUAUUAACGGUAUAUUUUAUCCUUAGCGUGAUUUUUCCUUAAGCUAUUCCAACGAUAUGGUUAUCCCAAACUUUCCAGUAGGUCUUCAUCCUUACUAUGUAACAGGAGUAUCAUCCUCAGCGAUACCAAGGUAUUUUUAUCUGAAAUUCUCUUUUGUGUAUUCAUUAUCUUCAAAAGGAGAGUUUCCGUCAAACUUCCUACUGUUAUCCUUCACUUUCACAAUUGUUGUUAAUCAUCUUAAACUAUCGAGUGAAAGGGAUAUGUGUAUAUGUGACUCAGUUCUGAGUAAAAACAUUACAUUUUCGGAAUGCAAAUCUAUAUAAUAAUGCAACUUUUUAGUAAUAUUGACUAAGAAUGCUUCCUUCCAUGAAAUGCUUUAUCUUUAUUUAGCUUUUAGAUUUUAUCUCCGUAUAUUUUAUCUCCGUAUAUUUAUGUAAUGUGUGGUACUGUAUAUCAGAUAUGUCCGUCUACGUAGCUUCUCUGCAUUAUUGAUUCCAUUCUAUCAAACGUCAUUGCUCCGAGCUCUAUCAUACAAAAUAUUCCUUACUAUUCCAGUACCUUUAGCAAGAAGUUCAUCAUAAUUUCUUAUUCUCGUGAAUAAUUUUCGGGGGAGUGGCAGCGACUCACGAAAAAUCAUCGAAAAUGGUCUGCGACCAACGAAAAAUCAGUGAGAAGAAGACAUCGACUAGCAAAAAUAUCUGAUUUACAGUACAUGGUCGAUGCUACAUUAGUGUCGAUCAAUAGAAAAAGAUAUUCUUUUUUAUUACAUUAAACCUAAUUGAACUAUA